GAAUUAAGCACCGAACGUCGCUUCCGGGUUUGCGUAGCCUGAAAGCGUCUGUCAUUUAAAUCCCAAACUAUAAACAAUAAAGGCUCUCCUGCGUUUCUAAAUAUCUCUUUUAGGAACUCGAAACGAGGACGUCUAACGUGUCAGUUAAUGAAAGGAAUUUCGAGGUCCAGCCGGUGGUCCCAGGUGCAGGCAUGCCCACUUCCAGGCUUUGGGCAGUGGAUGUGCACGGAUGUGUCUACAGCCUGUCCACAGCGGGCCAGCAGUGGGAGCGAUGCCAUGACGCUCAGAUGGCGUUUAAACGGGUGACCGCCGCUCAGCAGUGCUGCUGGGGCAUCGCUUGUGACAACAAGAUCUACCUGAACGUCCACGCGUCUGACGUGCACAUUCGUUUCCAGGAGGAGACUUACGAGAAUCAACGAUGGAAUCCUGUGGAUGGGUUUUCCGAGCGCUUGUUGCCAAGCGACCGCUGGCAGUGGAGUGAUGUCACAGGUUUGCAUCACCAGCCACCUUCACAUUUCCAGCUCCCAUCCAGCAGUUGGGAGUGGGAAGGUGACUGGUAUGUGGAUGAGAACUUUGAAGGCGAACCCACAGAGAAAGAGGGAUGGACUUACUCCGUUGACUUUCCAGCUUUUUACACCAAGGACAAAAAAUGGAACUCCUGUGUCCGUCGCAGGCGAUGGCUCCGUCACAGGAGAUACAAAGCCAUGGAUUCAUGGGCUGAGAUCCCCUCCCAGAAGACUUCCCUACCAGAUCCCUUCAGUGACAUCAGCUGUGGUGGAUGGGAGAUAACCGAGGAACCCCGUGGCCUACUCUCAUUGUGGGCUGUGUCGCUACAGGGGAAGGUGUGGUACAGAGAAGGUAUUCACCAUCACAAUCCUGAGGGAUCUACCUGGCAAGACAUCACCCUCCCUGGAGAGGUGAUCCAGAUCAGCUGCGGCCCCGGGGACCUGGUCUGGGCUGUGCUGUGGGAGGGCCAGAUGAUUGUGAGGGAGGGUGUCAGUCGAGAUAAUCCCCGAGGUAGCUCUUGGUCUAUGGUGGACUCUCCCGAUCCUGAUGUAGCAGUCAUGCAUGUGGCGGUAGGAGUCAACGUUGUUUGGGCUUUGACCAAAGACAACAAAGUGUGGUUCCGGCGCGGUGUUAACCCCCAUAACCCGCGAGGCUCAGGCUGGAUCAGCAUGGUUGGAGAAAUGCUCAUGAUCAACGUCGGACUUAAUGAUCAGGUAUGGGCGAUUGGUAGCGAGGACCGAGCCGUGUACUUCCGGCAGGGUGUCACGGCGAGUGAGCUAAGCGGGAAAACCUGGAAAGCCAUCGCUGUUCUCCGAGAUGGAGAUCGACCUCAUUCCAGUGCUAGCAGUCAGCAAAGUGCCGGAUGUUACUUCAGUGAGUCGCAUCCUCCAUCUGGCGUGGAGUCUGAUACAGAAAAAACUGAAGAAGUCAAAAUCGACACCCCCAAAGGUCCUAUUCCAAAGGUCACAAGUGACAGCUUCAUCUCUCAGCUGGUUUCUGACAGAGAUCCAGUUUGUGCUGUUGACCCACAAGAGGAGAGCAUCCCCGAGGAAGGAGAUAAGAGCCUUGAUGUUGUUCAAACCGUUGACCCCCAGUGGAGUAAUGUGGAUUUGGAGGUACCGCUAGACAACGUGGACACCUGCAGCCUGUCGUCACUGCCCGCAUUAGCUAUGGAGGACCCUUACGGGGAAGAUGGGCAUCCUCUAUGGGCGUGGGUCAGCGGAGGAGGCUGCUCCGUGGACAGUCAUUCCCAACUGAACUGGUUCCACAGCACCAUGAACACGUCAUUGUUGGCUCAGUCGGUCCAGUCCUUGAGCCUGUCUUUCACUUCAGCCCAAAUGGCCACCUGGCGGAAGCAAAUCUUCGAGCAACUCGGUGAGAGGACCAAAAGAGAAGUGGAUGAAUUCCGACAUUAUGAACAAGCCGUCGAGCAGUGCGUGUGGGUGAAGAAGGGGACCAUGCAGUGGUGGAGGGACUUGAAGCCGCACAAAUGGGUCGACGUUCACUUUGCACUGGAGCAGUUCUCAGGACCUGAGGGCAACAAAGAUGGCAUCCUUUUUGUCUAUUAUAACAACUAUGAGGAGAAGAAGUAUCUUCAUGCCUUCAUCAACGAGGUGACAAUCCUGGUGCCCGUGUUCAACGACGCCAAACAUACUUUUGCCAUCUACACGCCCGAGCGGAUCCAAAAGAGGUGGCCGAUUCGAGUAGCGGCUGCAACAGAAGAAGAAAUGCAUGACUGGCUGGCGCUAUUGAGUGCGUCGUGCUGUGACGCCAGAGGCAUUCGCGGCCCUCCUUCCAAACAAGCCAUCUGGUCCAUCACUUGUAAAGGCGACAUCUUUGUCAGCGAGCCCACCCCGAGCCUUGAGGCGAUGCCGUACCCGACUCCCUGCGACCAGAUGUUCUGGCGUCAGAUCGGAGGUCACCUCCGCGUCGUGGAGUCUAACAGCGUCGGGAUCGUGUGGGGGAUCGGGUACGACCACACCGCUUGGGUCAAUGGAGGAGGUACUGAGCACGGUUACACGCAGACUGACGUCAAGAGCGUCUACAUCUACGAGAACCAAAGAUGGAACCCCGUCACGGGCUACACCAAUCGAGGGCUUCCAACUGACCGCUACAUGUGGAGCGAUGCUUCCGGUUUGCACGAGCGCACCAAAACAAGCACCAAACCUCCGUCCCCUCAGUGGGCAUGGGUGUCUGAGUGGGCCAUCGACUACGGCGUCUCCGGGGGGACGGACCGAGAGGGCUGGCAGUACGCUGCUGAUUUCCCAGCGUGGUAUCAUGGCUAUAAAACCAUGAAGGACUUUGUGCGACGCAGACGAUGGGCCAGGAAGUGCAAACUGACGACGACGGGUCCCUGGCAGGAAGUCCCGCCCAUUCAACUGAGUGACGUGUCCAUCAUGCCGUGCGGGCCCGACAACGAUGUGAUCCCAGUGUGGGCCAUCAGCGACAAGGGGGACGUGCUCUGCCGGCUGGGAGUCACCGCACUCACUCCUGCUGGAACGUCAUGGCUUCACGUUGGGACCGACCAGCCCUUUAAAUCUAUUUCCAUCGGGGCCGCAAGGCAGUUGUGGGCUAUCGCCAGGGACGGUUCGGCUUUCUUCAGGGGAUCGGUGUUUCCUCAGACCCCUGCAGGAGAGUGUUGGUACCACAUCCCAUCCCCAACCAAACAGAAACUGAAACAGGUGUCUGUCGGAAGGACGUCAGUCUUCGUCGUCGAUGAUAACGGUCAUUUGUGGUACCGGAAAGGUUUGACCCCCAGUUAUCCUCAGGGCUCCUCGUGGGAGUAUGUUUCUAAUAAUGUGCGCAAAGUUACUGUCGGGCCUUUUGAUCAGGUUUGGAUCAUCGCUGAUAAAGUACAGGGAAGUCACAGUCUGAGUCGCGGGACAGUGUGCCACCGACUCGGAAUCCAUCCUUUGGAACCUAAAGGACAGUCGUGGGAUUAUGGCAUUGGGGGUGGGUGGGACCACAUUUCAGUUCGAGGGAAUACCAUGGAGCCCCCUCAUUUCUGUCUCUCUGCCCUUGCAGAGCCUCGGGUCACGUCAUUUCCUUCAUAGAACAUUUCAACGUUUACUGUAUUGUGGUAACAUUAGAGAGAUGAUAGUAUUCUGUGGAAAACAAUCCGAAAUGCUUCAUUUAUCGUCCGUUUCAUGUAUUCACCCGUAAUAUUUUUCGUCGUCUAAAAUCGAGUGCUGUAAAGUGACAGGAAAACAAGUUGUGUCAGAAGCAACCACCAAGUUUAAAUGGGACACCUUUAAAGUCAAGAAAAACACCCUUAAGCGGCGAUUUCAAUAAACUUUGUGUAAAGAGUCAAAUAAACGACUGGAAUUUAGUCAAGAGGAUCUACUGGGGCGGGUCUCUCGGCACCACCCUCCUAAUUAUUUGCUUUACGAGGCUCUCAUUAACCUGGUGGUUACUUUUUGCCUCUCAACAAACUGAUGUCGAAUGUUGUUAGACCACUACUGAGCAUGUGCAAUGGAAAAGGAGAAAACUAUCUCAGGCUUGCUGGAAAAAAAAAAAAAGUAACAAAUCUCUAAAAUAUUACUUUUUUAUUAAAUGACUGUCACUGUGUUUAAA